AUGCACAGAUCAGAUCGAUACAUCUGCACUCUGGUCGGGGCAUUGUGCCUCGCCGGUGCAUCAGUCUACUACACCACGCGGCGCAAGCCCCAUGACCAUGGCCGUGAUGAUGCACACGCACGCUUCGUCGUCCACGUUGCCACAAGCGCAAUUCUUUACGCAACCUCGCUCGUCUCGCUGUCCCUCACGGCUGCAGAGCACGCAAGACUCCAGGCGAAGCUGGCAGGAGCGAGGCGGAGGAACCAAAAGGGACUGAGGCCGUUCCAGUUCUGGCCGCUCGAGCUCGCCAUCUGGUCGACCCGGGUGACCGGGCUGCUGGCGGCCCUAUUCACCUUCGCCGUGCCCCUGGUGUGCCCCUCCGAGGUCCCAACCGUGGAUGUUGCCCUCCGUAUCCCGACCUUCUUCUACAGCGCCAGGCUGCUCGACCUCGCCGUGGCCCGCGCGCGCAAGCCGCCCAUUCCUCGAGGCGCCGAGGCCGAGCCGUGCUACGGCCUCGCCAAGGUCAUGGCCGGCCUGCUGGGCCUCCAGCUCGGCCUCGAAGGCCUGCACGCCCUCCUUCACCACCGCUGCCCGAACCGGCUCUUCGACAGGCCCUUCUCCUCUGCUGGUUUCGUCGAGUUCUGGACCUGUCGCUGGCACCAAGGGGCCCAGUCGUUCCUGUACCACCUCGGCUACGUGCCCGCGAGGAGCGUGGCGUCGAGGUUGUUUGGCCCCGGCGCGGGCAGGGCCGCAGGCGUGCUUGGGGCUUUUGGUCUGAGUGGUCUCUGGCAUGCAUGGUCUGGUUGGGCCCUGACCCGGGCUGAAUACGCCUGGCAGGUGAGUGGUGCCAGCAGGCCGGGCCCGACGCCGGGCCGAAGGACUUCAGGACGUUCGGCCGGGCUGGCCGGCCAGUUCCAGGCUGUCACAGUACCAGAUCUCGGGAGGGCCGUUGCGCCAAGACAGCUGCCAGCGUUGCAUGAACCGUCCUGCACUGGCCAAAGUUUAUCUCGAAAGGCUGCUGUGUUACUCCGUCUCCCUGCAGUACAGUACCCCUGUGAAAUCGUCUGUCGAUCGUCUAAUAAUAAGUAG